AUGCCUGACCGACGCAUAACACGCCAUGUCGAUAAUAAGAACUUUGCCCGCUCGACGGUCGUGAUCAUUGGGGCCGGGGUUGCAGGUCUAUGCGUUGCAAUCGAUCUCCUUCGUCGAACACCCUGUCGGAACUUCGUUAUCCUAGAAAAAGGAAGUCAACCUCAGGAAUAUGUCAUCCACAUCGCCGAAGAGUACGGUCUAUACAAAUACAUUCGGUUCAACUCAGUCGUGCAAGAGGCCCGUUGGGAUGAUGCGCAAAUGCAAUGGACUGUUGGUGUUGCUGUCUCUGGUGGCAAAGACAGUGAGUUCGUACAAUCAUACGAGCUAACGACCGACUUCCUGGUCUCCGCAGUGGGUCAACUUAACCUACCCCGAUGGCCCACUAUUGCCGGUCUGGACAAUUUCACCGGCAAGAUGAUGCACUCGGCGCGCUGGGACUGGACGUAUGAUUUUAGCGGGAAGCGCGUCGCAAUAAUCGGAAACGGGGCGACUGCCGUUCAGAUUAUUCCCGAGCUUGCCAACUCCGUCUUGCAUCUCUCUGUAUACCAACGAACUCCCAACUGGACCAUCCCGCGCUAUGACUGGCGGGUUUCUUCAUUCCAGAAGUUCCUGUUGUCCCGCUUCCCACCGUUCCGAUGGCUCAAGCGGUCUCUCUGCAUGCUGUACUGUGAGGCAACACACACACCAGUCACAAACAGCCAGUCGAUGUUUUCGCAGCAAGUGCGCAGAAUGACGAUGCUGGCCAUUCAAGCCCAGCUACCUGAUAAACCGGACCUCUGGGAAAAGCUGAUUCCGAAUUAUCCCCCCGGAUGUAAGCGGAUUCUGAUCACGGAUGACUACUACCCAGCACUGAAUCAGAAACACGUCGAUCUCGACACCAGACCCAUCCGAAGUAUAACCAAGACGGGCAUCGAGACUGAAGACGGACAAAUCGAGGAAUUCGAUCUGAUUGUUCUUGCAACGGGAUUCCGUACCGUCGAAUUCAUGUCCCCGAUCCGGGUAUUUGGACGCCAGGGUCGUCCAUUGGCAGAGCUAUGGAAGGACGGGGCGCAGGCGUACCGCGGAGUCACGGUGGAAGACAUGCCGAAUUUCGGCAUGCUGUAUGGUCCGAAUACCAACCUAGGUCACAACUCAAUCAUCCUCAUGAUUGAAGCUCAGAGUCGAUACCUAAGCGUACUGAUCAACGAGGUUCUACGUGCCCGCAAGUCGGGGAAAACCCUCUCCCUCGUCCCCCGUCCGGAGGUUGUUCACAGCUACAACGAGGAUCUCCAAGCACGGCUGGCUAAAAGCAGCUUCGCGGACCCGAACUGUCAGAGCUGGUACAAGACGGAGAGCGGUCGGAUUACCAAUAACUGGCCUAGUCGGGUUGUUCGGUACCAGAAGGAUAUGGACCGGGUGUAUUUAGAUGAGUAUCUGGCCGAGGGAACGGGGAAGGAGUUGGUAAAAGGAAAGAAGGUGUAUCUUGGGCGAGUGGUGGAGGAGAGUCCUGUAAGCUAUGCGACUUUGAUGCUGGGGCUGGUGGGUGUAGUGGUUGGAGGAGCUUAUAUGAAUGGUUAUAUGAGUGGGAUUGGCCCUGGGAGGCAGAAGAUGAGAGAUUUGUUUGGUUUUGUCGAGGGGUAUUUUAGGAGGUAA